GAAAGUGAGGGAGGAAAUUGCGUGAAGGGGGCGAUAGUGGGAGAGCAAGAGGGAUUUGGGGUUUCAGAGUACGAGAGGGAGUGAUAGAGUGAAGAAGGGAAGAGGGAGUGAGCAAGACUGACAGGGGAUUCCAAGAGUGGAGAGUCAGCAGUGAGUAUGUUUGUGGAAAGAGGAGGGAGGAUAAGUAUGCAGAGAAACAGAGAGGGUAUGGGUGAGAGGUGAGGCUUGGUUUGAUUCAUGUUGUGAUCAGAGCCAAUAGAAAGCCCCCAUCUAUGUCUAGGGGGAAGCAGAAGUGAGACUCCAAACCCAGCUGGAAACACACAGAGACACCGAACUAGAAUACUGAGACACAGAAACCCAAUGGCAUAGAAAGACAGAUUACAAAGAGAGGAGAAAGAUAUGUACAUAUUUUGAGAUAAAUAUGGAUUAUUAAUAAACUCAAAGAUACAGACUCAGUGGAGAGAAACAGGACCACAGACCUUGGGACACUCAGCUGAAAGUCCACCUCAGGAACCCCUGCUGUUCCAAUGGAAACCAACACCAGGAUUCCCUCUACAGGACCAGUAAGGGUGGACAGCUACCCCUAACUGAGACAGGGUCACCCCACUGUCCUGGGACACGGUGGCAAGAGAAUGUUUUGGAGAAUCACUCUGCCGGUCCUACUGGCUGGGGUGCUCUGCGUUGCCACAGACACCAGGAAGCCCCGCCCCCAGGGCUCCAUCCCCUCACUUUUCAAGACCAAAGGCAACCUGUCGGAGCGUCAGCGCCUGUUGCCGCGGAAACCCGAAGUCCUUUCGUCAAGUCGGGAGGCCCUGGUGGUCACGGAGCGCCGGUACCUCCGACGUGACUGGUGCAAGACACAACCCCUCCGCCAGACGGUGAGCGAGGAGGGCUGUCGGAGUCGUACGGUGGUCAACCGCUUCUGCUAUGGCCAGUGUAACUCCUUCUACAUCCCCCGCCACAUGAGCCCUAGCUCAAAUCAAGGCCCGGGGUCCGGCCGGAAGAACCACAACAAGGCCCAAGAGCCCUUCCAGUCCUGUUCCUUCUGCAGGCCGCACCGCAUCACCCAGCUCACUGUGCAGCUGGACUGUCCGGGGCUGCAACCAGCCUUUCGCCAUCGCAAGGUGCAGCGUGUCAAACAGUGUCGCUGUAUGUCGGUGGAUGUGAGUGGUAACGGAAAACUGUGAGGAAUUCUUUGGAACCAGACCAUGACAGUCACCAUGGACACUAAUGUGACUGUGAAAGUGAACGUUAACAUGAACAUGAAUAGCGCAGACAUGACAGGGGACAAGCUAGUAGUACCUCUCCCCUAUAUUGGACUAUUCUGCAUUAUCACUUUGUACACAGGUCUACUGGUCACACAAAAUGAACCCUACAGGUACUGGUAGUACAGAGUGGCCCAUCUAUUAGCCCUUUGACUAUAUGGACAGCUAUGGUGAAAACUACAAAUUGCAGACAUAAAUGGAUGCAUUGCACAACACCAACUGAAGCACAGACAUGUUUCAGUUCAACACAGUCAGUCAUAUAAAACAACUGGGUCCUUUGACUCUAUACAAACUUGUAAUAUUACCUUACCUAUGGCCAUGGACUGAUGGCCCCUUCCAGCUGGCCUUUGGGACAGUUGGGACAUAUAAAACCAUAAACACAGCACCAAGUUCUAGACUGAAAGUGGAGCUCUUAAGCUGUCUAUGGCAUGCUGUGGACUGGGCUUACCUGGGGGAACUGUCCAGCCAAUAGGGCUUCAGACUGAGAAAAAAUAACCUAGUCUGUCUAAGUAUCUGCCUGUGGAUUUAAGAGCCACCUGUGAAAUAAUUCACACAAAUAUCAAGCUAGCCAGUAAAGAAAUUAUAUUAUUAUUUUCAUGUAUAACUGUUGUACUAUAAAUAUAUAUGUAUAUGUCAAUGGAUAAGUAUAUAUAUAAAAUCUAUUUCAUGUGAAACAUCUGUGUGGUCUGAAUGCAAACAAUGUCGUGGCAUUAAAGGAUAUGGUUGACUAAUGAUGGUUGAGAAGAAUAGGCUCAACAACUAUUCAGAAAAAGACUUUCAGGAUGAUUCAUCUUCAAUAAAUAGUAUUUUAUCAGGAACAAAGGCGUUAUUGCAAAUGGGUACACAGUCACCAACAGCUCUACAAGGCUCAUACAGAACAUAGAACAGGAAAACAAUUCAAACAUACAAAUCAUACAGGAUAUGUCACAUACAGAUUGCAUAUCAUUUUACUUGUAAUGUGGAUAAGGUUAUUUUUUAAAGUUGUAUUUUACAUCAGUAUUACUCACUGAAUAAUAUUAUUUCAAUAUGUAGCUAUGGUUCCAUAAUAAAAAACAAUAGAGUAUGAUCUGAAACCCUCAUGACCUACUAAAUACCUUGGUACUAAAUACCUUAGUAAGCUAAACUCAAGUCAUGGUUAAGUUCAUGAUUUAUUGCAUAAACUACAACUGUACAUCACGUAUCAUCCUUCUAUGAAACUACAGUGUAUGAUAAACUGAUGAUUGUCACAAUGCAAGUUUUCACUAAGCAGGUAUGGUUUCCAUACAGGUUGUAUUGUAAUGUAGAUUAAUUGAAUUGGCUCAUUUGUCAUUAACUAGCUCAGUGUGCUAUAAAGGCACUUGACUUGCUGUCUGGUAAGCAAAUAUAUAUACAAGCUCACUCUUGUACUCCUUUUUAUACUGGAAGGCAGUGCAGGGAUGGAUAGAAAUGGCUUAUUGAAACAUGAUUGUAUUAACUGGUGUCUUCUAUGAAAUGCUCCAGGGGAUAGGCUGGAUACCAGAACAUGUGUGUCGCACUGUAAAACGAUGCAUUUCUCAUUAAAAUGGCAUCUGUCCAAAAAUAA